AGCUCGGCCCCCAAGAUCGUCAUGUCGGUGGGCCAUACCCCAAGCGGUUGCUUCUGCCGCGGCAGCUCAUAUGCUAUCCAAUGGAGGACAAGGAAACCAGGAGACGAUGCUGGGGAGGUCGUUCUUUUGUCAGAGGAGGAAGACAGCGGGGAUGAUCUCCAUGAACCGACCUCCCUACUCAAAGAUGCGUAUGAUGGGAAGAACGAUCCGAUCCUCAAGGAAAAGGACCUGGCGCCGCCAAGUGGAUCUGCAGAGAGCGAUGAGAGUGACUCUGCUAUGGAUCAGACCCUCCUUGAAGCUGUUGCUCAAAUGCCAGCGAAAGCCGCAGGUGUGCCCGAGGGCCUGACUGAGGUCAACCAAGAAAGCUCGCAGGACAAGGAAGCGCAGGGGCAGACGCACCUAGAUGAUCAUGAAUCUGUGGGGAUCAGUCAGGCCGUCUUGCUUCACUCGACUUGCAAUGCGGCGAUGGCGCUAAAAAACAAAUCCACCGACUCCAAAGUUGCACAGGAGGAGCUGAGGCGAUGGACACUCGAGCAGGAGCUCGCCAACAUAGACAAGUCAAGGAGUAAUCCAGGCUCAGCUGCCAAGUCAGAGAAGAAGACACCUGUCAUGGGACAUGUGUUGGAAUUCGCUUCGAGAUUUGGCUUCUGGAAGGAGAUUGCCUUUGGGUUGCCGGAUCAUGGAGAAUAUUUGUGGACAGUCCCUGUAGAUGUCGAGCAAGGACGAUACCAACUUCGUGUGCGUGAGGUUGGUAAACCUCUCGAGUGUUCGAGCUACCCCAUCACCAUCCGGGACAACUUGCUUUUUCUGAAUCCCAACCAAGAUGCCAUCUGGCAAAUGAAGAGUAAGCAAAUCAUUCAAUGGGAUUCCCUGGGGGUUGCAACAGAAAUGGAGCUCUCGUUGGAGUCGAUGUCAGAUUCUUUUGUUCAGAUGAUUGAACAAUCUCUGGAUAACUCAGGAACAGUUUCCUGGACAGUGAGUAACAGCUUGAGUGUUGGACGAUACCGCUUGAAGAUCACGGACAAGUAUCGUACCGUCACUGCAUACAGCAAGGACAUCAUGAUUGUGCCCCCAAUGUAAAUAAGAAGCAUUCAAAGAUAAAUUGUUUAAUCUUGCAGAAUGAACAAUACUCAAUUCUUG